GCUGAUAUUUUAGCUCAAUUAUGGCUGUUUGAGUCACUGUCUGCUUUUCCACAGCACUGUAGUCGGGCGCACGUUAUCUUAUAAGUCAAAGAAAAACAGACAACUUGGUUGUUUAUAAAAAAAAAUGGAUACAUUUCGGCUAAAUAAACAGUAUAGUGGAAAGUAGCGUCACUCCCACACUAAGAGAGACAUAGCUAACCGCAAUACUCAGUUUCACACAUCCUAUUUGAGCCGGUUUCGCUGCUGAACGCUGUGGGUGAAUGAGCGGUUGAGUCCCCGGGCUGAGCUGAAACACGGAGCCACCAGGAAGUCUAGCCCCACAAACUGCGCAUGUUCCACAGGCUUUCAGUAAGGAUGUGUCCGCCGUCGGUGUAAAACGUUCAUGCUAGGAGAGGGACAUGACAGAGACAGAGGUGACUGUGUCCAUGGGGGACAUGGUGGUAAUGAAGGCCUCUGAGGAAGAGGAGGUUGGAGCUGAGGAUACAAACAAGACACAGGUCAUCCUGCAGCUGCAGCCCAUCACACAAGGAGUUACAGAUGAAACUGGGGAGUCAGGUACAACAGUAGUGGCAGUGGAGGCACAAGAUGAAGCUUUGGUUGCAGGGGAUGAUGUAGAACUGGGGUAUCCCAUUACAUGCGGGGAAAGCAAAGCUAUUCUUCUGUUCAAGAAAUUUGUUUGCCCCGGAAUCAAUGUCAAAUGCGUGAAGUACGAGGACCAGUUAAUCAGUCCUAAGCAGUUUGUUCACAUGUCUGGCAAAGCCACCCUUAAAGACUGGAAGCGGGCCAUCAGGAUGGGGGGUGUCAUGCUCAGGAAAAUGAUGGACUCAGGUCAGUUAGAUUUCUAUCAGCACAGCACGCUGUGCACCAACACCUGCCGCAGUACCAAAUUCGACCUUCUUAUCAACAACACACGCUUCCCCCCAGACAGCAGUGUGCUCUCUACUCCUUCAUCAACCCAGGGGCAGGUUGCCAUGGGUAACGGUGGAGAAGUCAUCAUGGUGGAGGAUAAAGUGGAGGAAGCCACAGGCUCUUUAGACUGGAGUUCUACUACUGUGGAAACUAUAGAAAAGAAGGAAGCACCAGAGAUAUCUGAGGAGACUUUUAGCUUCUGGAAGGGCAUAGCGGAUGUGGGUCUGAUGGGAGAGGUGGUCACUAAUAUUCGUACUGAACUGCUGGAGUUGUUGAGGGGGGUGCAGCUUCGCUCUGACCAGGCAAACCUGCAGGAUGCUGAAGUGGCUGUUCUGAGCAACCUCGCCCAGGUGUUUGGUCUUCUUGACACCAUCAAACGCACCCUGAGUGUCAGGCGACAAGUGACCGACCCAGGAGAGAGGCACAUCCUGAAAAUCCUGACUAGUCUGGAGCAGCAGCUAGAGGAGCAGAAGAAGCAGCAGAGCUGGCUGUCCCAAACCCAGGCUCUCGGCAGCCUGCUGGCACCCUCUGCAUCCCCACCAGCCAAGCGAGCCCCCAAACGGCCUCGUCUCCAGCGGCCCGCGUCCACCACCCUACUGGGAUCUACUGUGACCCAGCCUAUUACCCUCCAGCCCCCGCAGUUCACCGUUCUGUCCCCCAUCACCCUUCCUUCCGUCGGACAGCCCUUCACGGUGGCUGGUCUGGCUCAGCCAUCCAAUGCGGUCACACUGCAUGCUCUUCCAAUGGGCUCACAGGUCUUUACACGCAUUGCCACAGAUGGAAAAGGCGAGACCAUCACCUUCCACCCGGCGCAGGGCAUCACGCUGCUGGGCACGACAGCUGUGCAGGACCCCGGCUGCACCAUGGUCAGCCCUGUGGAGCUGGUCCGGUUGACCCAGGCCGGCACAGUGGACAUGGAGCAUGAGGAUGACGGCCAGACUCACGCCACCACAGUCAUCGAGAUCGAUCCGGCUCCAGGAGAACACGGCAUGGGAGUUGUGGAGCUGCAGCUGGAGGCAGACGCCGCGGGAGGAGUGGAGGAGGCGACUCUGGCUGGGAAGGAAGGAGAAGGAGAGGAACUGGUGAUACAGAAGGACGUGAUUGAGGUGCAGGGGGAACUGGAGGAGGUACAUGGUGAAACUGAAGAACUUCAGUUGGAAGCCAAUGGACAGAUUCACAACCUACGGAUACUGGUAGUAGAAGAUGAGCAGGCACAAGUUGCUGGAAAAUCCAAAUGAUGGACAGAUUAUACACACGUGCACACACACACACACACACACUCAUGCACACCAAGCCCUGAGAUGGUCAGGGAUGUUUGCACUUCGCAGCCAAGUCUGUUUUUGUUUUGUUUUGUUUCUUUUGUAUCGAACUACUUUCCUAAAAGUGGUCUGCAUGGCCAAGCUUGAAUUUGUGUAACUGCUUUUGUACAAGCAAGUUCAGUAUUAAUUUUCAAACUUUGGAGGGAAUCUGUGAGUUUUGUUAUGCUUUUGUAAAAGAGUUUUACAGUAUUUUUUUUUCCUUUUUUGUGCAUUGCAGAGGAUUCCAUUGGACACUGUCCUUUCUUUAGGGUAAUGCCAAAAAGUUAAUUUGGCAUUUUACGUUCAGAUGUAGGGGAGAACUGGACACAAUAGACCACUGCAGUCAUGUCGUCAUUUUGUAGUCAGCGUCAUGUUGCUUAUGCUGAUAUUUGGGGUUCCGUGUCUAAGCUGAAUUUCUCUGUGGCCUAAAUGAAUGGGUUUUUCAAAAACUCGCCUCUAUCACAUUCUGUGUAAUAGAUAAAUCACAAUUCUGUGUUAAAUAAAUAUGUUCAGAACUUGAUACGUUUUAUUCUGUGUACAUUUUUGUCAUGAACAUCACUGUAUUCUCUGAAUGUAUUUAUUUACCACAGAAUGUGAUAGAGGCGAGUUCUGGAAAAGCCUAUUCAUUUAGGCCAUAUAGAAAUACAGCUUAGACACGGAACCCCAAAUAUCAGCAUAGGCAACAUGGUCAUCAAAAACUUUUUUUUCAAAAAAAAAAAAAAAAAAAAAAGGUAACCUGCGGCCCCUAAAGCAUAACAUUAGCUGGAAUUAAAAACAUAACCUACAAUAUGUUAACAAUUCAGCUGAGGCAAGUUCUUUAGUUCUGUGUUAGUGGAACAAGCUGAGCUUUCAAACCUCAAUACGUAAAGUAAGUAUGCACACCAAAAUAAUUAUGAUAAGAGAAUUAGAGGCUUUUGACGACAGCAAAAUGGAAUAAGUGUUGACCAGUGGUAACUCGCAUCAGAACCAUCCAGGCAGCUGGAACAAAUUCCUAUGAUGGAUUGAAUUUAUAUUUUUAGACAUCUCACAUAGUUUGACAUAUGUCUCAUGUAACAAGUUGGAAUAAGCUAGUAAACUAGCAUGUUUAGGCAUGUUUAAACUAACCCCACAGUGUAAAGCAGUACAUUGUUACAAUGAGACAAGCACAUGAAUAUGUUUACAUUACGUCAUUACGUCAUAAGUCAUUAAUGAGUUUUGAUUAAUGAUUUUUUUCGACUCAGAUUGGACUUGGCUAUCUUGAUGGUUCACAUUCAUAACUGUAAAUGUUGCAAACGUGCACAAUAAUACGAUUAUACAGGUUUUAUCUGUUGUCCUGCCCAAAUUUGACACAACACAGGGGCUAUCAGAUGACGACAGGCCAAAACAUUAGAUUGGCUAUCUGUGAAUAUCUGUGGUAACAACGCAGGCAGCAGUAACACUGUUGGAUCCCCAGACUUGCGUCACUCUGGAUUUUAUGUGUUUUUUUUGUUUUUUUUGUUAUUAGAAGUGAUGCAGACAUUGAAAUCUGAUUUAUAAGUCAUCCAGGAAUUUAGACGCAUCUGUACAAACCAGAAUGUAAACCCAUCUUAAACCACAUCAAACUGUGGUUUUCAUGUGGUUACUGGUCGUCCAGACUAUUAAAAAUGAAUCUGGAUAAAAUUUUUACAUUAUGAUAUGGGAAAGCAAGGUUUGGGCUGACAGUCUGAAAAUAACCAGAUUUGAGUUACUUGGGUUAGGAUUCCAGAAAGGGGCCGCCUUACCUAGAUAGCGCUGCGGUAAAUCCUGCUUAGAAGAGAAGAUUAAAAUUGACACUUAUGAAAUUAUAUUUUUAUGACACAAAACAUCAGAGGUUUUUCUAAAUCUUAAAAGUUGUCUGUCCAAAUGUUAAAUGUCAAAGUUAGUUUGUGUCCUGCUCUCUCCUGCUUGAGAAUUAGAGGUGACUCUAAUAACUAAAGCCAAGAUUUGUCAAAAAAUAGCUGUCAAAAAGAAUCAGACUGUUAUUUGUACUAAAACCCAGCAUAUAGAAAUGAAUUGACCUAUAUAUGUUCCACCUAUCGGUUUUGCCAGUUAGAAUGCUGCCAAAAACCUAGUUCAACCUAAAAAGAAGCUCUAGCACACGAUUCAGUUUUUGUCAGAACAUUUUUCAGUAGGUUUCACAGUUCCUGAUUAAUAUGAAGCAUCUUUACACACGUACAAGAGCAAUGAAGCUUGGAAGAAAGUAGUGUGUAUCUCAAUUCACAUGUGUCUCGAUGGAGGAGGAGGAGGCAUGUGAUAGUCUUUACUCUUCUAGUGUUUAGGGCUUUGCUAAUGACCUGGAAUUGGUUUAAUGACCUACCAAGAAAAUGAGCUAAAAUUAGAAAUAUAAAUCAAUUGGUAUGAAUGGGACAAAAUUUGAGUUGUGUGCUACAGAAAAAAAUAAAAACUAUAAUUUUAUGUUCAGUACGUGAAUAUGUUAAUUAACACCUAACGCUAAUCUAGAUUUACAAACUCAACUGCCACCCUUUUAUCUUCUGUGUUCAUUUGAUACACAGUGGGAUCCUGUGACAACUGCCCUCCAGUGAGCGACUGUCAGUACAGUGAUACGUGACGCUCUCUGGUGACUGGCAUGUAUAUAAAAAAUGAAUCAGGGUACACGCACUAUUUAAACAUAUGUUUUAUCAGAGUGUUAUUGUACAUAGCAGCACAACAUAGAGAACUGUGAUAUGAGUUACUUUUAAAUUUCCUAAAAUAUGAAUCUGUUAAAAGUGACAGGAUGUGUGUGGUGAACUGGGUUUGUAUAAUCUUUUGUUUCUGGUUCCAUGAUUCUGUUUUUUGGAAGACGGGUCAAGACUAAAUGGACUACAUUGAUUUAAGUCCAUAAUUGUAGCUUUCAAUGGACCCAGAGAGUUUAUGACGCAAAAAUGUAAUUUCUGAAAUGUUUGCCUUGCGGGUUUCUAGAAAUGCUUUUUUAAAAAUAGAAUUAAUUUAUUGUAAUUAAUUUUCACUCGUUUAUGGUCAGUUUUUGUCACAAAAAUGGAAGUGGAAGAUUGUUGCACUAACAGUCUAACUGUUGAUUUUCCAACCAAGCCACCAAGUUCUAAAUCCUUGGUCCCUUAUAAAGGAUUAAUUCUGAGAGGAUGAACUUUUGAAGCAUAGUGAAUGCCACUCUAUAUGCUAGAGGUUAGGUUUUAAAAUGCCUUUGUACUGCUGCUUUUUACUAUGAUAGAGUAAAGGCACAAAGGGAACGACAGAUUCUCACAGUAAGUAGUGAGCUCUGAUAUUAGAGCAGUGCUCUUAUCUGACCCUGAUCUGAUUGACGAGGCCUUAGUUUAGAGUGUAAAUGAAGUCCACUGAGAAAAACUCUUAUUUUGACUGAAUGCACUCAUUGUAUAGACCAGGGGUGGGUCCAGAACUCAGAUCCUGAAGGGCCAUAUUACUGUACUUCCUACACAGUUUUGUAUUUCCUUUUUAGGCAUACCUAAGUUGGGGCUCCAAUUGGGGAUAUAUGUUCCCAUUACACAAGCCUCAUUAAUCAAUUAAUGAUAUUUUUCAGCUCAAAUCAGAUUUGACUAUUUUGAUGGUUCAUUUUAUAAAUGUGAGUGACCUGUGUCUGUCUGUAAUAUGAACAAGUUUGCAUAUUGUUUGCAAAAAGACUUUUACACAAAUUGCCUCCAUCACCAACAGAAUUAAAGGCUAAUUUAUACUUCUGUUUCAAACCUACAGCAUUGCCUACAUGUACCCUAUGGCGUAGACUACACCGUAGCCUGAAGCACACCUCUCCAGAAAUGUAACUACGUGUUGCACAAUGCGGGCAGCAGCAGCUGUGAUUGGUCCACCAAGCCUUGUGUUCCUGCCCCUGUAUCCCCCCCCUUGGCGGUUUUAAAGCAUAAGUAUAAAGUAUAAAAAUAUAUAAAGUAUAAAUGUGCCCCUGCUGCGCAGCACACUCUCGCAGGCUACGCUGUAGGCAAUGCGUUGACUCAACAUAGAAGUAAAAAUUAUCCUUAAAGUGUGUGUGUACACACAAUAGAUGCACUAAAUCUGAUCUAACUCCUCACAUUUGUGUCACAUGCCCAUUAAUCAAAUACAUAUCCAAUCUAAAAUCACAUUGAAAAUCACUUAAAUCUGAUUAGAAAAGACUGGAUUUGACUGGAUGUCCAUACAUCCCUGAAAAAAACCAGAUCUGUGUCACAUUAAAGCAAAAAAUCAUAUUUGAUUCAAUUUAGUCUGGUAAUGUGAAUGCACGUUUAAGAACAUGAUUAGCGUUGUCGUCCAAUGAAAAGUUAGUAUCUCCAUAUAGCUUAACUUUUUUUCAUCUUUUUCAGAAAGAAAUUAAAUUGUUCUCAAGUUUCAGUGGAAGUCAAUGGAAAAAUAGUUUAAUUCAGGUCAUUUUGCAAUUUUUCUGUUGGUCCGUUUAUCAAGACAUUUUAACACAGUGUAAAGGACAGUCUGUGAGUUUAAACAUUGUAGUAAACUAAAAAUCAACAAAAAAUGGACAUCCAUAUUUUUAAGUCUAAAAGAGCUGCCUAAAAGAACAAAAUUGUCCAUGCUCUCUUUGCUCAUCACCUUCAUUUUGAUGCUGGCUGAUAAGAGCAUCUGUUGGCUGAUGUAUCAGAGCUUGGGAUCCAGCACUUUCCACUGAGUGUGUUGAAUACCUAGUGUUGUCUAAUGCAUAAUUUAACACGUAUCAGAGUAGUUAUGCUCCAGUCCUGAUCCUCAUGUAGUGUUGAAAGCAUUGCACAUGAUGGGAAAAGUCCUCGUAAGUGAGCGAGUCAAUUAUCUCUGCUAAAUUGAAGCUUAGUAACUGUUCUCAGUUCCUCACCCCUGGUCUUUAGACUAAGGUGUGCUUCUGCUACAAAGGUUAGUACAGUAUGUUUGAGCUUGUUUGACCGUGGGACCAGCAUGUGGCUUUGAAUCUUGACUAGAAGGCCAUGAACAAAAAAUAGUGCCUGAAACUAUGACAAUCUGACAGAGCUCUUUCAUGUGCAUACCAGCACAGAUAGUGUGCUUUAAUCGUUGAAGAGUUUAACAGACUUUGGAUGUGUUUUUGACCACCUGAUCCUUUCCUAACUCCAAAGCACAUCACCUCCUAUGUUGCGGUAUUGACUAAAAAGACUUCCCUGCUGUUGGAGAAAUCAUUUGAAGUACAAAAAGAAGCCAAUAAAGACAUAUUGGUGAACAGGU